UGUGAUCCUCCCCCUCCCCCCCACUUUCAUCGCCUCUACUUCGGUCGCGUUCGUUGCCGACUUUUUUUUUCUUCUUGACUUGUUCGGGUCGAUUCUGUUUUUAUCUUUCUUCCUUCCACCCCCUCCUUUUCACCUCACAUAUCCAUCACCAUGGCUGAAGCCCCACCUACCUUUAAGCUCGUCCUGGUCGGCGACGGUGGUACCGGAAAGACCACCUUCGUCAAGCGCCACUUGACUGGUGAGUUCGAGAAGAAGUACAUCGCCACUCUCGGUGUCGAGGUUCACCCUCUGAACUUCACCACCAACCUGGGUGCCAUCCAGUUCGAUGUGUGGGAUACCGCUGGUCAGGAGAAGUUCGGUGGUCUGCGCGAUGGCUACUACAUCAACGGCCAGUGCGGUAUCAUCAUGUUCGAUGUGACCUCCCGUAUCACCUACAAGAACGUCCCCAACUGGCACCGUGACCUCGUCCGUGUCUGCGAGAACAUCCCCAUCGUCCUCACCGGUAACAAGGUCGAUGUCAAGGAGCGCAAGGUGAAGGCCAAGACCAUCACUUUCCACCGCAAGAAGAACCUGCAGUACUACGACAUCUCCGCCAAGUCCAACUACAACUUCGAGAAGCCCUUCCUGUGGCUCGCUCGCAAGCUCGUCGGCAACCCUCAGCUGGAAUUCGUUGCCGCCCCCGCCCUUGCUCCUCCCGAGGUGCAGGUCGACGAGAACGUCCUCAGACAGCACCAGGCCGAGAUGGAGGAGGCCGCCCAGAUGCCUCUGCCCGACGAAGAGGACCCGGAUUUGUAAAUUCGUGCGUGACGAAGUUUUGGGGGGAGACCGGAUGUCAGCCCUCGUGGCAUCGCGCCCACACCCCAUCUCGCAUGGCCAUGGCGUGACGUCCAGAGCAUGACUGCCAUCCUUUCCGGGGAAUUCCACUGGGUCUGGUUCGUUAUGUCAAGUCUCGGAUUACGAUACAACGAUAGCGGUUGGCGGAAUGGGAAACGUCCAUGAAGGUCGGGCACGAUUGAUAUGCAUUUUGUUUUCCUUUUUUUUUUUUAAAUAUCACAACAACACCUAGUAGUCUAGACUCCCUUUUUGUCCUCUUUACCCCUACUACAAAGUUUCAACUUUUUUUUU